AUGGUUGAAAGGUUAAGGACUUUGAUUCUAGCCAACAACCUUCUGACUCGCAUCCAACUGACGACAGAUGACGAUGGCUUAACAUCAGCAGCACAAGAUGACUCUACUAAUGAUGAAGAUGAUGAAUGGAACACGGGUUCCUCCCUGAAGACUCGCCUGCUAUUCCCCCUGCUAUCGAUGCUGGACGUGUCGUGCAACCUGCUGCGCGGCAUCCCGCCGGCCAUACACGAGCUCACCAACCUGUCCGUGCUCAACAUCAGCGGGAACAAGGACAUAUGCUCGCUGCCGCCACAAAUGGGCCUGCUCUCGCGCCUGUGGAACCUGAACACGGUGGGGUGCUCGCUGCAGGAGCCGCUGCGCUCCAUGCUGCAGUGCGGCAGAUACAAGAGCAUGGAUAUAGUGGGCUACCUCAAGUCCGUGCUGCAGGAGGCCCGUCCUUAUACCAGGAUGAAGCUCAUGUUUGUUGGGUUGCAGGGUAUAGGCAAAACCAGUCUACUAGAGUGUCUAAGACAAGAAUCUGCUAUCCAGCAUCGGAGAAAACCUACAGAGCACUGGGCAAAACGCAUGGGUAACAAAUCCUCCCGUCGCGGCAACGUGUCGACAGUCGGCGUGGAUAUAGGCACCUGGGUGUAUGAGAAGCACCGCUCUAGUCGAGGACCUAUCACUUUCAGGACUUGGGACUUUGGGGGGCAGCAAGAGUACUACGCGACUCACCAGUACUUCUUAUCGCGUCGCUCGCUGUACCUCGUGGUGUGGCGCGUCACCGACGGCAGGAAGGGGCUCGCCGGAGCACUCGACUGGCUCAGGUCUAUACAAGCCCGCGCCCCUGGUUCUCCUGUCAUCAUGGUCGCUACCCAUUACGAUCAAGUUUCGAACUGUAAUCUACCAGAAAGUGAGAGCCCCGAGGUGCUACAACGCAUCAUUCGCUCGUCUAUCAUGGGAGCCCCCGACGCCGACAAGCUAGGCCUGCCCCGCGUCUUGGACUCCGUUGAGGUUUCCUGUAACACUCGUCACAAUAUAAGGCUUUUGGCUGAUAUCAUAUACUCCGUAGCGUUCAGCGUUAAACCACCAGGCAGCAAAGAACCCCUCCUAGAACAGCGCAUACCAGCGACGUACCUAGCGCUAGAGGAGUGCGUGACAUCACUCGCCGCUGAUCUCAGAGAGCCCGUGUUGAAACACGAUGAGUAUAGGAAAUUGGUGACUCAAUACAUGCAACAAAAGAAUCAUCGGAUGUUCAGAGAUGCAGCGGAGUUGCAUCAAGCAACCAUGUUUUUACAUGAAAAUGGUGUCCUACUACACUACGACGACGCUACGCUAAAGGAGCUAUACUUCUUACGUCCUCAGUGGCUCUGCGAUGUUCUCGCUCACGUUGUCACCGUCCGAGAGAUUAAUCCUUUUGCAAAUAACGGAAUAAUGAAGAUCGAGGACCUAGCCCACGUGUUCAAGGCAUCUCCCAUGUUAGCUCGAGGAGACGAGGCCAGCUCGCUGGGGGUGUCGCUACUGAACAAGUUUGAGCUGGCGCUGUGCUGGGACUCCAGGCUGCUGCUGGUGCCGCCGCUGUUGCCGCAAGCGGAGCCAGUGCAGCAUCAGGUAUUGCGAGGAGACGAGGCCAGCUCGCUGGGGGUGUCGCUACUGAACAAGUUUGAGCUGGCGCUGUGCUGGGACUCCAGGCUGCUGCUGGUGCCGCCGCUGUUGCCGCAAGCGGAGCCAGUGCAGCAUCAGCUACCAGUCCGCUCCCGUUCGUGGAGCAGUUCCAACCGCGGUACUCCUCGUCGCGCGUGGCCCGCACAGCUGACGUCCGUGCCUGAGAGUAGAGGCACUGAGUCACCUACUCUUAUACAAGAGUCCUGGCACAAGCUGUCAGUAUCAGGUCGCGGCGGUCUGCCGCUGCGGCGGCUGCUGAUGCUGUCGUACGUGCCAAGAGUCCUGGCACAAGCUGUCAGUAUCAGGUCGCGGCGGUCUGCCGCUGCGGCGGCUGCUGAUGCUGUCCUACGUGCCGUGCGGCUUCUGGCCGAGGCUGUGUGCGCGGCUGCUGAAGAGUCCUGGCACAAGCUGUCAGUAUCAGGUCGCGGCGGUCUGCCGCUGCGGCGGCUGCUGAUGCUGUCGUACGUGCCGUGCGGCUUCUGGCCGAGGCUGUGUGCGCGGCUGCUGGCUGAUCAUCCUUAUAAAGAGUCCUGGCACAAGCUGUCAGUAUCAGGUCGCGGCGGUCUGCCGCUGCGGCGGCUGCUGAUGCUGUCCUACGUGCCGUGCGGCUUCUGGCCGAGGCUGUGCGCGCGGCUGCUGGCUGAUGAUCCUUAUAAAGAAUCCUGGCACAAGCUGUCAGUAUCAGGUCGCGGCGGUCUGCCGCUGCGGCGGCUGCUGAUGCUGUCGUACGUGCCGUGCGGCUUCUGGCCGAGGCUGUGUGCGCGGCUGCUGGCUGAUCAGCAGCUGGCCGAUACGCCUUAUAAAGAGUCCUGGCACAAGCUGUCAGUAUCAGGUCGCGGCGGUCUGCCGCUGCGGCGGCUGCUGAUGCUGUCGUACGUGCCGUGCGGCUUCUGGCCGAGGCUGUGUGCGCGGCUGCUGGCUGAUCAUCCUUAUAGCAAAAGUUUCACCACCAUAUAUCACCCGAUAUACUUAUACAUGUGUCUGGUGCUUUCUACAGUUAGAUUGGAAGCCAUCCCCAACAUUAGUGAAAGGCUGAACCAAUACCGAUGUUCCACAGAAGAGUCCUGGCACAAGCUGUCAGUAUCAGGUCGCGGCGGUCUGCCGCUGCGGCGGCUGCUGAUGCUGUCGUACGUGCCGUGCGGCUUCUGGCCGAGGCUGUGUGCGCGGCUGCUGGCUGAUGAUCCUUAUAGCAAAAAAGAGUCCUGGCACAAGCUGUCAGUAUCAGGUCGCGGCGGUCUGCCGCUGCGGCGGCUGCUGAUGCUGUCGUACGUGCCGUGCGGCUUCUGGCCGAGGCUGUGUGCGCGGCUGCUGGCUGAUCAGCAGCUGGCCGAUGCGCCUUAUACGUUGUAUAAGUUGCCGCCUGAGUUGGAAGUAGACGAGACAAUAUCCAAAGCCCUAGAACUGUCCUGGGGCUGGAAGCUAUGGCGCAGCGGGGCCCGAGUGUCCACCGGGGCCCUGACCAUGCUGUCGCUGCGAGAGUUGCCGCCCAGGCGGGACGCGCUGUUACCGGGGCCCGCUGAUGACGAGCCGUCGGACGACCUGUAUCAUAAUGUCAGGUUCAGGAUACGUCAGGAAGGUACCUGGUGCGAGCUGGAUGUGCAAUCCUCAGCUUGCGUGGAGAUCUACCUGCCGGCUCAGGUCUGCGUGAUUCGAAGAGAUGAUGGCCUGCCUAUAGCUGGGUAUCAGAGCAUCAGUUUGGAGCCCCAUCAUGAGACCCUCGCCAAAGUGCUGGCUCUAGUGUCAGACCACGUGGAUCUGCUGCUAGAAGACUGGUAUCCUUCCCUCGCAUCAUCCCGCCUAGGUUCAGUAGAAGGCAUAGUGAACCCAGACGGACAGACAUACAGCAUAGCCACAGCAUGGACAGUAGAACAGUGCAUCCUAGCGGGCUGCAGCAACACGCGCCUGCAGUGCCCCACGCACGCGCAGCUGCUGCAGCGAGGAGCCGUGGCGCCCGAUACUCUCCUACUCGACGUAGAAGAAUCCAAACGCGCCCGCUGGGAGCACAUCUCCCGAGGCGCAGUGGCGGGCCGUGGCGCGUUCGGCACAGUGCUAGCUGCUACGUGGCGCCCGCCCGGCGGGUCCGCCAUUAACGUGGCGCUGAAGGCCUUGCAGCCAGUCCCGCCGCCGGCUAGCAGUGAUGCGGCUGCUCAUCAUGCUUAUAAGGCAGCGUUAUCCCGCUGGGAACGUGAACCGACUGCAGCAGCUUGCCGCGCAUACUGCGGACUACGCCAGGAGCUGUCGAUCCUCAGCCAGCUGAAGCACCAGCACGUGGUGCCGCUGCUGGCUGUCUGCGCUGCUCCGCUCGCGCUGCUGCUGGCACUGGCUCCUGCUGAGCUGUCGAUCCUCAGCCAGCUGAAGCACCAGCACGUGGUGCCGCUGCUGGCUGUCUGCGCUGCUCCGCUCGCGCUGCUGCUGGCACUGGCUCCUGCUGAGCUGUCGAUCCUCAGCCAGCUGAAGCACCAGCACGUGGUGCCGCUGCUGGCUGUCUGCGCUGCUCCGCUCGCGCUGCUGCUGGCACUGGCUCCUGCUGAGCUGUCGAUCCUCAGCCAGCUGAAGCACCAGCACGUGGUGCCGCUGCUGGCUGUCUGCGCUGCUCCGCUCGCGCUGCUGCUGGCACUGGCUCCUGCUUGUCACCCGAUACUACUGCGAGGAGCUGUCGAUCCUCAGCCAGCUGAAGCACCAGCACGUGGUGCCGCUGCUGGCUGUCUGCGCUGCUCCGCUCGCGCUGCUGCUGGCACUGGCUCCUGCUGUGAGUGUCACCCUGAACUUAAUAGUGUCACCCGAUACUACUGCGAGGAGCUGUCGAUCCUCAGCCAGCUGAAGCACCAGCACGUGGUGCCGCUGCUGGCUGUCUGCGCUGCUCCGCUCGCGCUGCUGCUGGCACUGGCUCCUGCUGGAGCACUAGACAGCGUGCUCCGCAGCUACCGCGAGUGCGGCGCCCGCCUGCGCGUCACAGUGGCGCGAGCACUCGCGCUGCAAGUGGCGCGGGCGCUAGAGUACCUGCAUGCGAGACGCGUCGUGUAUCGGGAUCUUAAGUCUGAAAAUGUGCUGGUAUGGAAAAUGCCUAAGCCAGGAGAAGAUCUGACGAGUGGACCUCUCAACGUACAUGUCAAAUUGGGAGACUAUGGUAUAAGCCGUCUCGCGCCUCCGUCCGGCACCAAAGGUUUUGGUGGUACCGAAGGCUUCAUGGCGCCUGAAAUUAUGAGGUAUAAUGGUGAAGAGGAAUAUAAUGAGAAGGUUGACUGCUUCUCAUACGGGAUGCUACUCUACGAGAUAGUGACCGUUCGGCAGCCGUUCGAAGGUCACGAGGCGGUCAAGGAAGCUGUGCUAGAUGGAGCCAGACCUUCGCUGUCACCUAGGGAUCUAGAAUACCCCUGCAGCAUCCUAGAAACGAUGCGUCGCUGUUGGUCGGGAGCGCCGGAGCUGCGCCCCUCGGCCGCCGCGCUGGUGUCGGUGGCGGCCGCGCCGGAGUACGCCGCCCUGGCCGACGCCGCUGCCGCCAGACAUGCCGCCGCGGCCGCUGCUCAGCCGGUCAUUGGGGUCAAUGAGGAAGGCAUCCCAGGCUGGGAGCUGUGGUACGGCGGCGGGGAGCCGGAGCGAGCUCACACGCUGCUUACCACGGCUACCAACUUCACGCACCAUCAUACUAUCAGAGUUCCACCGGAUAAAGCUGAGCCUGUGAUGGUGACUGCGAUGUGUCGCGUCGGCAACAAGAUGUGGCUCGGAGACUCAGCCGGCAGGAUAUCUGUGUACUCGGCUUCAAGCUGUGCACUAGUAUGGUGUGUACGCGUGCAGGAGGCGGUGGGCGGAGCCCCGUCCGGCAUCGCAGCCCUGCACGCGCUGCCCGGCCUGCAGCGCGUCGCCGUCGCGCUCAGCAUAGGCAGGCUGUUCCUGGUGACUUCCAAGAGGCCUGAAGCUGAAGGUAGCUUCGUGCUCACUGAGCUGGGAACUGCUACUGAGCUCUGCUGCUUGGCUGCUGUGCCUUCGCCACAUGGUUGGGAGGUUUGGGCGGGCGGCGCUGGUCUUUGCUCCUACGCAGUGGGGGCGGGCGGAGUCUGUGCUGCCGACGUGCUGGCACCAGAGCCAAGAGUCACCCUCAUGGCUGCACCAGAAGACCAGCCUUUUGUCAUGGUCUACUACGAUCCAGGAGUGUGCGUAUACCAGUGGUCGGUGGGCUGCAAGCAGCAGUGCGCGAGGCUGGACUGCAGCAAGCUGGUGCCCUGCUCCGAGAGCCUGCAGUCCAUAGCCUUGGAUGAGCAUCUCACGGAGGACAAGUGUCGGGUAAGUGUGUAGCUCUUCAAAGCACCUCCUCCUUCCAGGAGUGUGCGUAUACCAGUGGUCGGUGGGCUGCAAGCAGCAGUGCGCGAGGCUGG